AUGUCACAUGGAGCUGAGCUGGGAGUGGAGCUGUCAACUGCUUCUCAAGACGUCUCAAGACAUUCUAGUGCAGUUCCUAGGCCUCUCUCUAAAGGCCAGCCGAAUGAUUAUGUGCAAGGAAUCAACCUCACAGAGGAAGACCAGGACAUUUUAAUAUCUGAGGACUACGCACAUGUCCCUAGACCUUCAAAUGAAACAUAUGGAAGCAUAUGUGCUCUGUUUGCUGAAGUCAGUCGGUCUUCACCAGAAGCAUCUCUCCCAAGACUCCACUCUUUGGAAAUUCUCCAUAUAUGCACGCAGCUUUACUUUGAACAUUUUCACCCGAGCUUCCCAAUUAUCCACCAAAGUACAUUUGGAGCUCGAAGCUCUUCAUGGUUGCUUUACCUAGCAAUAGCCGCCAUCGGCAGUCAGUACUCGCGACUGUCAAUCCGGGCCAAAGUAUUCUCUGAUUUAGUGAAGGUCAUCCGAGUGUCCUUGCUCCGAAAGCUCAAUUACGCGUUGUCAAUGCAAAAUGAUCUUGAACUAUCCCAGGCGACUCUUCUAUUCAACUUCGCCCUUCUUUUCGGUGGAACACGAGAGGGUAUGAUGCAUUUGCAAUACCAACGGCAUGUGCUGAUCACGAUGUGUCGCCCUCUUCUGGUUCCAGGUAUUCUCUUCGCAAAGAGCUGGAUCUUGUCAAAUGCUAGUAUCCCGAACGCAGAUUGGAGUAGAUGGGUUGCGACAGAGUCUUGGAAGCGAGUCAUUUACUUUACAUGGUAUCUCCCAACUAUCAUUGCGGUUGGUGACCUGCAUAUCAAUGCCGAAGAAUGUCUCGGAACACUUUCCCUACUCAAAACAGACGUUAUUGAUCACGAUCGCAUCGCCCGGUUAAGCGACCCGGCACUUUGGAUAUCGACAGUUUCAGUAUAUGUUGCUGAAAGGCAGGCCUCUGAGCAGCAUUCACUGAAAUCAUUAUUUGGCGCGCAUCAUAUAACAAACCACAGGAUUGUGGAUUAUACAGAAAGGCCACACGCUGCCGAGCCCGAAGAAGAUAGCGUUGAUGCCAUUCUCGGACGAUUCCAACAGGCUGUUACCGAACACCGCUACGACUCACCUAUCUGUCUGAUUAUUGCAAAAUUCUCUCUCAUCCUGAGGCUCUUACGCUUCAUCAAAUAUCGGCCAUUGUACCUCUCUUCGGGGUGGAUGGCCCAAAGCGAGGAAGUUCGUGCCGCCUGGCAACAUAUCGAAGACCUACUACAUACGAGCCCGAAUAAAGCUCGUCAGGGCCUUUUGCAUGCUACUCAACUGUUCCGCAUAAUUCGCUCUCAGCAUCAAUUCGACCCUUUCGACUCAUUCCUUCUGCUGAUGGUCACUCUAUACAUCUGGAAUUACGAUAAAUACGUAAUCCCACGGUCCCAUCUGAAUGGGGGUCAGGAGGAAAUCUUCCGAAUCGACCAAACUAUGGACGCAGAUUUACAGGAAAAGUGGAUAUUGGGCACAUUUCAAACCCGCAAGAAAAUUCAUAUUACUGGGAUUGGUAUCCUCAAUGGCCAGGAUAGCAUGUCCCGCACCCUCAAAGAAGCCAUGAGAAUCCUAAGUCAUGACAAAGCUUGGUCCCGCCAGGCAGAUGCUAUCAAACGCUCACUGCACCAAAUAUUGAAAGGGGGUGCCCCGUCAUUUGCCGACAACGAAACGGUGACUAAUGAAAAUGUCACUUGA